AUGUCAGCGAACACAUCGACAACGCCAGAAUACUGUGAAUUCGGGCCAACACUCGAUAAAUGUAAACAAUGGCUACAGGAAAAUCACUCGGAACUUUACGAGAAACUACAUCCUACUUCAGCCAUUGAAGAGCAACUAGCAGGAACUUCGUUAAAGGAGCCAAAUAAACAAAGUAAUGACAGCGAAGAGAAGAAAAAAGCUAAAGAGGCCGCUAAAAUAGAGAGGGAACUAAAGAAAAAAAGAGCUUCAAAAAUAAUAAUUACGCGAAUCGCCCGAAAUAAACGGAAAUGCGUGACGAGUGUCUAUGGACUAGAAAAUUUUGAUAUUGACCUAAAAAAAGCCGCGAAAUCAUUCGCAUCAAAGUUCGCCUGUGGAUCAUCAGUAGUGAAAAAUAAUAUAGGGAAUGAUGAAAUAGUGGUGCAAGGCGACGUGUCAGAAGAUCUGGUAGACUUUAUACUGGAGACGUGGCCAGUUGUAAGUCCCAGAAAGUAA